AUGUCCCACUGUCCCUGCGUCCCUCUGCCCCUCUAUUGCUUUGUUCUCCGCCCCUCUGUCGUCCGUCCCCCUGCUCAUUUCCAGGUGCUCAUCACGGACGCCUUCACGCUGCGCGUCAUGUCAGCCUCCUGCAAGAUGCCUGACGUCACAGAGGAAGGCAUUUCCCUUGUGGAGGAUAUUAACAAGAGGCGCCAGCCAUUGCCAGCCAUGGAAGCGCUCUACUUCAUCCAGCCCACCGCGUCCAGCAUUGGACAGUUUAUGAAGGACAUGCAGGGAAAGUCGCCCCUCUACAAAAAGGCACAUGUGUAUUUCAGCCGCCCUGUCUCCAAGGACAAUCUGCAGCCCAUCAAGGCGGACCCUCUGCUUCGCUCCCGCAUUGCGGCUCUUAGAGAGAUGAACCUGGAGGUGCUCACAGUGGACAUCCAGGGCUACGUAACGGAGCAUGACAGCGCCCUGGUGGAGCUGUUCAAGGAGGACAUCAGCACGCGCGAGUACGAGCUGCUCAUCGACGACAUCGCCACCCGCCUCUCCACCGUCUUCGCCUCUCUCAAGGAGUUCCCUGCAGUGCGGUACAGAGCAGCCAAGGCGACGGGGGCAGCGGUGAGCAUGCAGCGCAUGCGCGAGCUGGUGUCCACCAAGCUGGCUGCUGCCGUGUGGGACCGGCUGAGCAAGUACAAGGCGUCCAUCCAGGACUUCCCUAGCUCUGAUACCUGCGACCUCCUCAUCCUCGACCGCUCUGUGGAUGCGGUGGCGCCCAUCAUCCAUGACUGGAGCUACGGUGGCAUGUGCUUCGACCUGCUGCCUGUUGACGGGCAGAAGUACGAGUAUGAGGUGACAGGGCAGAGCGGCAAGCCCGAGAAGAGGACCGUGCUGCUGGACGAGCAUGACCCCGUCUGGCUGGAAGUGCGCGACCUCUUUCUUGCCGAGGCAUACGAGAAGGUGAAGGAGGUGUUUGAUCAGAUCAGUGCCAAGACUUCCACCAGUGACCUCUCCGGCAAAGAGCUCCACAAGCUCGUACAGUCGCUCUCCAAGUACCGGGAGCAGAAGGACAAGGUGGAGCUGCAUAUUAAGAUCUCCUCCUCUCUGAGCGAGCGUCUGAAUGCUGACGGCCUGUUUGACGUGGGGAAGCUGGAGCAGGGCUUCGUAUUUGGUGACUCGGGAGCGAGCUACAAGGAGCUGGCGGCGCUGAUCAACAAGUACCCGGACAUGAGCACGGAGAACAAGAUGCGGCUGCUCAUGGUGUACGCUGCCAUGCACCCCGAGAAGCUUGACCCCCAGAAGCAAAACUUCUGGAUGAAGCUGGCGAAGCUAGACCAGGAGGACAUGCGGACGGUGAUCAACCUGGAGUUCCUGGGGGUGGGAAUCAACAAGGACUCCUCCUCCGGCUUCUCCCUCUCUUUCGGCAGCCGCAAGGAGAAGGGCCGAGUGCGCAAGGAGAGGCGGACGUCAGAAGAGGCGUAUGAGCUGUCUCGCUUCUACCCAUUUGUCCAGGACAUCUUGGAAGACUUGGAUGAGGGAAAGCUGUCCCUGCAGGACUACCCCUACGUGCAAGAGCCCAACUCCGCCCCUUCCGGCUCCGCCCGCCCCCGCGACCCCGUCUCCUCCCUCGGAUCCGCCUUCUCCGCCCUCAAACCCUCCUCCGACUCUGGGGCAGCAGGGAAGGCCGGGGCGGGAGGUUCGGCGCGGCCUGAGAAGCCUGCCGGCUCGGCUCGGGCGGCCAUGAGUGCGAGGAAGAAAGCCACUGGUGGGGCUGCUGCUGCUGCGCCGGCGGCGACGAGCGGGAGCAGCUUGGCCAGCUGGGCGUUGAAGGGCGUGGGGAUGGAGGAGAAGAGCUCCAGUUCUGAGCGCCCCUCAGUCUCGGCUGCCAGCUCAGGCCAGAAGGGUCGGCGGCUCUUUGUCUUCAUCGUGGGCGGCAUGAGUCGGUCCGAGAUCCGAGUGGCUCACAUACUCUCACAGCAGCUGAACCGGGAGGUCAUCAUCGGGUCAACGUCGCUCGACACACCCAACAAGUUCAUUCAAAAAAUGAAACUCCUUAGGAGUUAA